AUGACGCCUCUUCUAGGAGUGGCGUCGUCACACUGCCUCCGAGACUGUGCCCAAGAGGCCCAUUCUGGUGCCCUCUCCCCCACCGGCCAGGUGAGGAUGAGCCAGCCCGAGCGGAGGAGCUCCUCGACGGCAGCGCCGGCCCGGGACGCCUCCGAGCGGCAGCCGCCCAAGAAGGACGUGGAGCUCGUCCUGGUGAAGGAGCAGAACGGCGUCCAGUACACCAGCAGCCACCUCUUGGAGCCCCGCAGCCCCCGCUACAGCCCCGGCGCGGCGGAGUCCCAGCGGGAGACGUGGGGCAAGAAGAUCGACUUCCUCCUCUCGGUCAUCGGCUUCUCCGUCGACCUUGCCAACGUCUGGAGGUUCCCUUACCUCUGCUACAAGAACGGGGGAGGUGCCUUCCUCAUCCCUUACACCCUCUUCCUCAUCAUUGCUGGCAUGCCUUUGUUCUAUAUGGAAUUAGCUCUGGGCCAGUAUAACAGAGAAGGUGCGGCCACUGUUUGGAAAAUCUGUCCGCUUUUUAAAGGUACAGGCUAUGCUGUGAUACUCAUAGCUCUUUACGUGGGUUUCUACUACAACGUUAUCAUAGCUUGGUCUCUGUAUUAUCUGUUUUCAUCCUUCACACUGGGGGAGCUGCCCUGGACAAGGUGCGACCAUCCCUGGAAUAGUGUCAACUGCACAGACCCCAGACUCGUCAACAUGUCGGUGUUUGCCAGUGGCACCUCGUACUCCAAAUACAAAAUCACACCUGCAGCUGAAUUUUAUGAACGACGAAUAUUACAUCUUCACGAAAGCCAUGGGAUUGGCGACCUUGGCUUUCCCAGAUGGGAACUCUUACUGUGUCUUUUGUUGGUGAUGAUCAUUGUUUUCUUUAGCUUGUGGAAAGGAGUGAAGACAUCAGGAAAGGUUGUGUGGAUAACGGCCACUUUGCCUUAUGUUGUGCUGUCUGUACUACUAAUCCGUGGACUAACUUUGCCUGGUGCCCUCGAUGGAAUAAAAGCAUACCUCAACAUAGAUUUCAGAAGAUUAAAAGAAGCCACGGUAUGGAUCGAUGCAGCCACACAGAUAUUCUACUCAUUAGGAGCUGGGUUUGGUGUCUUAAUUGCAUUUGCCAGCUACAAUCAGUUUGACAACAACUGUUAUAGAGACGCUUUGCUGACCAGCACCGUCAACUGUUGCACCAGCUUCAUCUCGGGAUUUGCCAUUUUUUCUAUCUUAGGCUACAUGGCUCAUAAGUCCAAAGUCAAAAUUCAAGAUGUGGCCACUGAAGGACCUGGAUUAGUUUUCAUCAUUUAUCCAGAAGCAAUUUCAACCCUUAAAGGAUCCACUUUUUGGGCAGUGGUGUUCUUUAUCAUGCUCCUUACCCUGGGCAUUGACAGCGCUAUGGGGGGCAUGGAAGCCAUCAUUACUGGCUUAGCAGAUGAUUUCCACAUCCUGAAAAAGCACAGAAAACUUUUCACCUUUGGAGUUGCAUUCAUCACCUUCCUUGGUGCUCUUUUCUGCAUCACAAAUGGUGGAAUCUACGUGCUUACUCUGUUGGAUACAUUUGCUGCUGGGACAUCUAUCCUAUUUGCUGUUUUAAUGGAAGCCAUUGGGGUUGCCUGGUUUUAUGGUGUGGACAGAUUCAGUGAAGAUAUCCAGCAAAUGAUGGGAUUCAAACCAGGGCUCUACUGGAGAUUGUGCUGGAAGUUUGUUAGCCCUGCUUUUUUAUUGUUUGUGGUCAUAGUCAGUAUUGUAAAUUUCAAACCUCUGACCUACGACAACUACGUCUUCCCAUCGUGGGCCGACAGCAUCGGAUGGGGCAUCGCAUUGUCUUCGAUGAUCCUUGUGCCUGCGUAUCUUCUCUAUAAAUUACUGAAUACACGGGGGAGUUUUAAACAAAGACUAGCAUACUGCAUCACGCCAGAGAAUGAACAUCACCUCGUAGCACAAGGGAACGUGCGGCAGUUUAAGCUCCAGCACUGGUUAUCUAUAUGA